UCCAUAUGAACGAGGUUUCCGCGCUUUGGGCGAUUGGUCCAAAUCAGACUAAACGGACAACCCCUGGAUUAGGAAUCUGAGGCGAGGCGGAGUCUGUGAUCGAGAAUAUUGCAGUUUUAAAACAAACAUUAAAAAUGCAACGAGUAGCCAUAUUCGUUAAUUUUUAAGAUCCGAUGCCUUGUCUUUUUCUUAUUAAUGGUUAAUAGAACAUAAGUUCCUGCAUACGAAUUGUGGUUGCCUUUGUUUCAAGCUCAGCUUCUGGAGCUUGUGGAGGCGAUCGGGUGCAUUGUGCCAAACGGAUCACUGACGGCGCUGCAGGAUGGUGAGCGGGUAUUGCUGAUAGAUAUGAGGCAAUUAUAUUCAACGGUACGGUUCGGACGCUGGAUGACUGAAGCGCGUUAUGGACAGUGGGACUGCUUAGAUGCUGAGUCCUAGGAAAGGUCCACCCCUGUGGAUGGGUCAGCUGGUGCCCCGACUGGUGUGCGCGGCUUGCUAAGUUGGCCCCCGCCGCCGUCAUGGAGUCUACCAUAACGCUAGCCUUCAAGCUGGCCCCCCCCGCCCACGAUGGCAGCCCCGAGCACCACAGCUGUGAGGAGAGGAUGGAGCGCCGCUAUGAGAUCGUCCCCUCCGUUGUCUGCUCUAUGUGCUGCCUCUUUGGCAUCAUCUACUGCUUUUUUGGCUACCGCUGUUUCAAGGCGGUGAUGUUCCUCACGGGCCUGAUGUUCGGCUCCAUCGUCAUCUUCAUGCUGUGCUACAAGGAGCGGGUGCUGGACACGCAGCUGAGCGCGGAGGCCAGCGCGGGCAUCGGCCUGGGCAUCGGCGUGCUCUGCGGCCUGGUCACCAUGCUGGUGCGCAGCGUCGGCCUCUUCAUGGUGGGCCUGCUGCUGGGGCUGCUGGCGGCGGUGGCCGCGCUGCUGGCCAUGGAGGAGUUCUACCACCCGCGCACCGUCUGGGUGCCGCUGGCCGUGCUCCUGGGCUCCGGCAUGCUCUUCGCCGUGCUGACCCUGCAGUGGCAGCGCUGCUUCACCACGCUCUCCACGGCGGUGUUCGGCGCCGCCGUCAUCACCGUCACCGUCGACUACUUUGCCGAGCUGUUCGUGCUGGUGCGCCACGUCUACGAGCGCAUCAAGGUGGCGCCGCCGCGGCCCGUAUGCUGGUUCACCUGGGCGGUGCUGGGCGUGUGGCCUGUGCUCACUGUGCUGGGGGUGCUGGUCCAGUGGAAGGUCACGGCUGAGGGUUACUCUCACACUGAGGUGAUUAUCAGCCGCCAGCAGCGCCGCGUCCAGCUGAUGCGGAUCCGUCAGAAGGAGGAACGCAGGGAGGGCAGGAAGAAGAAGAAGAAGAAACAGGCGCAGCACUCGCAGCACGCACACCCGUCCAAGCCUCUGUACCCCGAGCCCCCCUACCGCAGGAAGCCCAACCCCAUCCGCCGCUUCGACGGGGACGUCCUCUCUCCGAGCUACAUCCAGAGUUUCCGGGACAGGCAAGUAGACAUACGGGAAUAUCCUCAAGGCAGACUGAUCAGCGGGGCUCACACAAGCGUGGACAUAGACUACGAGUGCGGCUCCACCGUGCCCCUCACUGCUGCGGCCGGGCCCUCCAUGAGGGUGUAACAUCGCCCUCUGCUGGAAAGGACUGGUCUCGUCUCAUGGCUGUCACUGUCCCAACAGAAUAGCUGAAGUGAAGACCACUGCAGAGUGCCCUGUUUCCCAGUCAGUCACCCAGGCUCCCCCAGUGUACAGCAUCCUCCAUGCUGAUUGGCCGGCAGAGCCCUGCCUAAGAAGGAUUCAUAUUGGUUUGUUACAACUUAUUACAUCACAUUUUAGCAUUUUUCUGGACCCCUCGUCCUUGUACUGGGUGCCUGGUUGAUCACAUUGAAAGGGGUUGGGCAUUCGGGAAUCGCUUGGCUGCCUUCAGCUGCAGAAAUACUUGCGAUGAUCCCUGUAUUUCUCAGAUUAAGGUGCCACGCCCCCCUGUGGCCACUAGGUGGUGUAAACUGAAGACGAAUCACUCGCAGCCCUGAACUUUGGCCUUCGCCAUCACUGGGCAUGCUCAGUUUCCACUGCGCAGCCUGGGUGCUUCCUGAGAUGUAAACCAGGGACUGAACACCCCUGCGCUUAUUUUCUCAGGAUUCGCCUUAAUGCAAGACACUUUACACACGAUGUUCUAAUGGCUUGCCAUGCUCACAGGUUUCUCCAUUCGUAACGGCCACUGGGACCGUCCAGAAGUGCCACACCUGUCUUCAGGUGAGCUCCAGUUAAUCACAUUAAAAAAAAAAAAAAUGUCCUCAUUUUCAUUUGCCGAAAUGGCUCGACGCACAAAACCAUAACCUUAAAGUGCGUCCUUGUUUAGCGUCUCGGGACAGUGAAGUGAUGGGAAAAGGGGAUUAUUCUGGGAAUCUCCCAGAAGGAAAUUAUUUUGAGAAUCUCCCCAGAAGGGAAUCAUGAAUUAUUUUGGCAGUCUCUCCAGAAGGGGAUCAUUUUGGGGAAUCUCUUCAGAAGAGAAUUAUUUUUGGAAUCUCUCUGCUGGGUGCUUGACCUCAUCUGCAGUUAGUCUCAGGAAUUUGUUCUGUAGUGGCCUGCCCACUUUUGGUGGG